CUUUCGGUAUCUGUGGCAAAAUUUUCAUUCCUUUUUCUCGUACACGCUAUUUGCGCUGCACGUGUAUUUGCUUUAGCAUUUUAAAACUAAUACAAAAUGGAUAAACCCAACGUUCUCGCUCGCGUAGUCAAGGUUUUGGGCCGUACCGGCUCCCAAGGGCAGUGUACCCAAGUGAAGGUCGAGUUCAUUGGAGAGACCAGCCGCCAAAUCAUCAGGAACGUGAAGGGACCAGUUCGUGAUGGUGACAUCCUUACGCUUCUGGAAUCUGAGCGUGAAGCCAGAAGAUUGAGAUAAAUGGUUGGAUAUAAUUCAUAGGUUAAGGCUCUUAAUAUCUUUGUAACAAUGUAAUAUUA